CGAUAGGAACAAGCCUUCGACUACAUGUCGACCUAGCUAAGACAAAACCUCUCUAUACGUGGAAUUGUUGACUUUUGCCACAUCACCUCCCUCGUGUUAUCCCUCUUCUUCUUCUUCUUCUUCUUUUUCUUCUUCUUCUUCGUUCGUUGGAAGGCGAAAAACUAAAAGAGUUAAUCGGUUAAUGUUUAUCGAUAGACCAAAGUUAUUGAAUGUUGGCUUCCCCGGCUGUUUUUAGAAGGCAACAGUUUCUGUUACGGUGUCUUGGAGGGUUCGGUGAUUGUACCUAUCAGAAUAGACGGCAACAAAUCAAAGCCAUGAGUGGCACUUCGAUCGAGGCUGAUGCUGAGCACAUUCUAAGAGCAAUCACACCUUGUCUUGAUCCCAAUAGAUACAAAGGCCAGGCGGGGAAGAUAGCUGUUAUUGGUGGAUGUCGCGAGUACACAGGUGCUCCCUACUUUGCAGCUAUAUCAGCUCUGAAAAUUGGUGCAGAUUUAUCUCAUGUUUUCUGCACAAAAGAUGCUGCUCCUGUCAUAAAGAGCUAUAGUCCAGAGCUAAUUGUGCAUCCUGUUCUUGAAGAAUCAUACAGUGUCAGAGAUGAGGAAAGGAAGUUCAUCUCAGAAAGGGUCCUUGCUGAGGUUGACAAGUGGCUGGAAAGAUUUGAUUGUCUUGUCAUUGGUCCAGGGCUUGGAAGGGACCCAUUUCUUCUGGAUUGUGUCAGUGAAAUCAUAAAGCAUGCAAGGCAGACCAAUAUACCAAUGGUCAUAGAUGGGGAUGGUCUCUUUCUUAUCACUGGCAAUCUCCACCUUGUAAGCAAUUACCCCCUGGCAGUCCUGACUCCCAAUGUAAAUGAAUAUAAACGUCUUGUGGAAAAUGUGCUGCUUGCUGAAGUCGAUGAACAAGAUGCUCCUAACCAAUUGCUAUCUCUUGCCAAAAGGAUUGGUGGCCUAACUAUCCUCAGGAAAGGGAGGGCUGACCUCAUUAGUGACGGUGAGACAGUCAAGUCAGUGAGCAUUUAUGGAUCUCCCCGACGCUGUGGUGGGCAAGGUGAUAUUCUUUCAGGAAGUGUUGCAGUUUUCAUAUCUUGGGCCCAGCGACAAGGUUUAGUCACAGAUGACAAUAUGACUAGCAGUCCUAAGAAUCCAACAGUGUUAGGGUGCAUUGCUGGAUCUGCUUUACUUAGAAGGGCUGCAUCGCUUGCAUUUGAGAACAAGAAAAGAUCAACCCUUACUACUGAUAUCAUCGAGUUCUUGUGGAGAAGUCUAGAGGACAUUUCUCCAGCUGACUAAUUGAUUCCACUGAUCUUGCGACUGCGCUGAAGAUACUCGUGAUUUGAUUGGUCAUGCAUGUAAAAUGUUUGGCCAUACCAUGAACUUGAUCAUCAGGUUCUAUAUUGUCUAUUAGGAUUAGAUCUUUGGAACUAACUAAAUGGAGAAUGUCUCAAGGAAUAGGUCGUGCCAUGUAGAAAGAACAGAUUGACAAUAUCUAUCGUGUUUAGCCUUUUCCAUCACCAUAGACAAAAUCUUCAAUAAUUUUGAGGUUCCUGUUCAAUCGUUUCAACAUUA